AUGAGUGAAGAAAAUAUUCAAAACAAUUUUAUAGAAGUCGUUCCAGAUGAAAGGAUCGAUCAUAUUCAAAGACAGAAUGAUAUAGAAUCUCAAAAAUCACAUUCUUCUGAAAAACAACAUUUGAUGCUUGGCACAAUAAGUCACAAUGCAGUGCAAAGACUAAACACUUUAAGAUCAAAAAUCCUCGAUCAAAAACUUGAAAUACAAAAUUGCCAAAAACAAGUACAGUCUAAAGAAUACAAGAUUAUAUCUCUCCAGGAAAAUCUUGAUAAUACCAAUAAUGAGCUUAUUAAAAUCAAAAGUGACUACAAUAGUAUCAGUGUACAAUUUGAAGAAAAGAAACAAAUUUUCACAAUUUCACUAAAUAAAAAAGAUGAAGAAAUAUUAAAUUAUAAACAGGAAUUAGAUAAAGUUGUUGAUAGUCGGAGCGAACUUCAAAAUUUAAUGAAAUGUCGGGAAAAUGAACUAAAAGAAUCAAAUGAAAAUAUAAUACAUUGGAAGAAUUUAGCGGAACAAGCACAAAACAAAAAUAAUUAUCUCAAUGCAAAUAAUAAAUAUUUAUCUAAACUAAUAAUAUUUAAUCAGGAUAGAGAAAUUGAUGAUCUUAAACAAGAGAGGGAUAAGUUCCGUGAUGAUUAUAAAAUUGCAGAGGAUAAGAUUAGUUAUUUUUCCUCACAAGUGAAAAGACAACUUGGAGAAAUUCAUGAACUUCAAGAAGAAAAAAAAGAAUUGGAGGGUAACGUCAAUACACUUCGAUCUGGUAAAAUUAACAUCAAGAACCAAUAUGAAGAAGUGAAAAGACAAUUAUUCGAGGAAAAAAGUAACUCACAAAUGUUAGAAAGUGAAAUUUCUAGUUAUAAAAGCAAAACUAAUGAACUAGAGCAAAAAUGUCUUCAAUAUGAAAAAGAUAUUGAAAUCCUUACAAUCGCAAACAAAGGUUUACAACAAAGAUAUGAUAAUCUACCAGCUGAAUCAAAUAAUGAUAAUAAUAGUGACAUAAUCACAUCAAGAAGCACUCCUAAUGAGACAGGAACAUCUGUUAGGCCUACGAGCUAUCCACAAGUCACUCCAAUUGGUUCAUCAAUACCUGGUUUUAAUACUCCAACUACUCCUACAAUUGGUGCAACUGACUAUACAUCUAAUGUUGGUACCACCAAUGAAUCAAUAAUCAUUGGAAAUUUAAGGCAAUCAUUAGAUCAACAGAAUAGGAAUGUCAUUGAAUUGGUGCCAAAAGUUCAAGAAAGAAGAGAGGAGAUCUCAAGAAUACUUAACGAGUGUAAUAAUUUAUCAAUACAACUUAAUUUAAGAAAUGAAGAAGUUAAACAAUUAAAUGAAGAGGUACAAAGUCUUCAUACUGAAAAUAAUCAACUUAAUGAAUAUUUAACACAAUUGACAGUUGAAAAACAAACAAUCCUAGAUCAUAACACAAGUUUGAUUCGAACCAUUGAAGAUCUUCAACAAAGUGGACCAAAUAUUUCAAUCGUUGGGAUACACAGCAGAUCUUCUGGAUCAAAUUUUCCACAAGAUGUUUCAGAAUUGGUCGAAGAAUAUACAAGAGUCAAAGCUGAACAAAAAUGUUAUAAGAUCAAGAUUCAGAAACUUGAAGAUCAAAUUAAAGAUUUAGAACACACUAAAGAAAGAUUAAUGGAUUCUAUUAAAUUUAUUAAAGGUGUAAAUAUUCGUAUGAAAAGUCAGGCUCAUUUAUUAAGUACAGAACUUGAAAAUGAAAGAAAUUUGCAUAACGAGUUGUCAAAUUAUAUCAAAUCAAAUAAUUUAUCAAAGAAUUUAUCAAAUGAUGAUAUCCAAGGAAUUUCUGCUCAAAAACUACUCAAUCUUGAAAAAGAAAGCUCAAAAUUAAAGAUGGAUAAUGAAAUGAUUACAAAAGAGUUGAAAAAUGUUGAAGAGAAAUUGGAAAUUGCAAACAAAGAAUUAUAUAGUUAUCGGCUUCAGAAAUCAGAAAUUGAAUAUCAAAAGAAAACUUUAGAGGAUACAAAUAAACUCCUUGAAACACGUCUUAACCUCAAGGAAACAGAGUGUCAGAGUUACAAGCAAGUAUCAGAUCAAACUAGUAAAUUAAAUAAACAAAUUCAAGCAUUACUUACAAAAGCAGAUGUUGAUAGAACAGUAAUGAGUGCUGAGGUUGAUAAAUUAAAAACAGAGUUGGAUUCAACUAAAAAUACAUUAUCUGAAUUACAAAAAGAUUAUACUAAAGGAUCAAAUGACUUGCAUGUUACUAAAGAGAAAGCAGAAAGUUCUUAUAAUGAAGUACAGUUGUUGAAAAAAGCUAACGAAGAGCUUGAGAAAAAGUAUAACCAAACUCAAGAAAAAUUAAUAAAUGCACAAGCUAAAAAUGAAAAUCUUAAAGAACAACUCUCAGAUCUGAGUGAAAGAUAUUCUAAUGCAAACCUUAAAUGGACUGGAGAAAAUCAAAAACUCGUAGACUCUUCUAAACAAGCAAAUAGUAAGGUUGUUGAAUUACAAACUGAAAUUGAAGAGUUAAAGAAAAAAGUUGAAUUGCAAUCUAAUGAACUCAAGCAAUCUCAAGAAAAAUUGUCAGUUUAUGAGCAAAAUGAACAAGGAGCAUUAAUUAAUAAAUUGAGUCAUGAUUUGGAUUCUGCCAAUGAAGAAAUUAAUGUAUUGAAUAAGGGAAUGGAUGUUCUUAAGAAUUCUCUUGAAACACUUGAAAUAAUUUCCAAUAAUACAAAACAAGAUUAUGAACACUUAAAAGAUACUCUAGAAAAAGAAAGAGCUGAAUUCCAGUCACGAUCAGAAGAUUUUGAUAAAAAAGAUGAAGAAUUUCAAAGGAUGAAAAAUGAGCUUUCUAUAAUAAAUCAAGGACUUACAGAGGUGACUAUUGAAAAGGAACAGUUGGAAAAAACAUUAAGUGAUCUACAUAAUAAAUCAAAAGAAGAUGAGACACUGCUUCGUUUAGAAAUUCAGAAACAUAUAGAUAUGUUAGCAGAACUACAAAACAAUUAUAACUAUCAACUUCAAAUUAAUGUCAAAGAUUCUCAACAGUUAACUGAAGUCAGACAAAAAUAUUCACAACUACAAUUAGAUAUUGAAAAGACCAAGAAUGAAAAACAAAUUUUAGAUUCUUCGUUGAGACAACAAAAAGAAAAUUCUGAGAGAGAAUUGACUACAUUAAGAAAUGAUUAUAAUCUUCUUUUGGAAAACAACAAGGUUCUUAAAGGUUAUUUUGAUAAGAAUGUUGACAUGUCAGAAGAUCAAGUGAUACCAAUAUUGAGAAAAGAGAAUGAGAGAUUAAUAAAUCAAAGAGAAUUCUAUUUACAACAGGUUGAAAAAUACAAGGCACAACUUGAAUUGUUACAAAAGACUGCUGAUGAAUUGAAAGAAUCAUUGAACAAAGAACGCGAACAAAAAGAAUCAAUUGAUUUAGAACAAUUGAAACUUCAACUUCUUGAAAAAGAAAAUCAAGUUAAGAUACUUGAAGAAAGUAACAGAACUCUUAGAUCUGACUAUGAUAAAAUGAAGAAGCUAAAUCUUGUAGAAAAUGAUAGAAAUUGGUGGAGAGAACGAUUUCACGUAGUUUUAGAAAAACAUGGAAUAAGUGAUCCAGAUGAACUUGAACAAACUAAAGAAAAAUUGAAAAAAUCCGAAGGAGAAAAGGACACAUUAAUGAAAGAAAAGGACGUGUUAAUGAGAGAAAAGGAUGCAUUAAUUAAAGAAAAAGAUGCAUUAAAAGUAGAGAGAGACACAUUAAAAGCAGAGAAUUCAAGAUUAAGAAUUGAUGUAGCCAACUUUAAAAAACAAAUUACUGAUUCAAAGAAACAAAUCGAUGAUUUAAAUAAAGAAAUACUUCAAUCUAAGAAAGCGGAUCAAACUACUACCAAGAAUUUUCAAACCCUUAAGGGACAAUUUGAGAAUUUAAAAGGUUAUGCUCAGAAAUUGAAAACAGAGUUAUUAAGAUUAAGGUCUCAAGAAACCAUGUGGACCACUAAAAAUAAAAAGUUGGAGAAUGAAAUUGCUGAGUUAAAAAAAGCUCAGGAGACCUCUUUACAAACUGUUGAAGUUAUUCCAGCAGCACAACCUCUAGAAAUCUCAAAGCCUGAAACUACCACAUCUAACCCUACUGAAACUCCAAAUCCUGAAGUAGCUUCUAGACCUAUUAUGGAAGCACCAACACCCCCUGCUAAACCAACAGAGACACCUGAGGCUCUUACAAAAAUUUCUGAAGACACACCUAAACCCGAAGAAGCAUCUAAACCACCAGUAAAAUUACAAAGGUAUCGAGGUCCUUUGGAAACAUCAACUACUGCUCAAAUCAAACGAUCUAGAGAAGAAGAUACACCUCAGACAACUACAACAGAUGAUCAAG